AUGCCAGGACCCCCCUCAGCUACGCGCGUUUGUAACGUGGAAGCAUCCGCUCGAAAAUCCCGAACCACAAUAUCGGAGUCAGUUUCUGGCCGAUCAAGCGCCCGCAUGAAGGCUGUUUUCAGCUCAAUAUCCUACUUUGCGGCGAUAACGAGGCGCCGAUGCCCCGACGACUGGAAGACGACAUCCAAACUAAAUAGCAUCUUUAUUUCAUACGAUCACGAAAAAUGGGGACAGCUUUGGGGGUUUCGACGGAGAUUAUUCUGCUGGUACGCCAGUGAUGUGUGGCUGCUGAGCAGUGCGUUUCGACACACUUGGCCUGCCGCCUGGUCUCCUGGUAAGAGAUACAUCACACGAAAUCAUCUCAUCGCAAGGGGCCGCCUGGACGCGACCAAGCAAGGGGUCGACCUCAGUCAGGACACCUCAGAGACUUUGCUAGCCAUAUUCCAAUCCAAUGGUGUUUGCUUAGUAUCGAAAUUUUCUACGAAAGUAGGCAGGGGGUUAGCUCACUCUGAACCGCGCGAAUGGUUCACCAGUCCUCAGUCCAUGGAAUCAAAAUCAUAUAAACCCUUUGGCUAUGACGACGACAGAGUAGAUGGGAUUCAGGGUUAA